AUGAAAUUCCAGAGAGCUUUGAAGAACCUGCCCAACUCUCCUUUUAGGCUUUGCGAAGGAAAGAACGAAUUCAAGAGUGUGAUGGACAUGCAAGAAGGAUUGUCUUUACAGCGUGGACAUCUUGACGAGUGGCACUUCAGUAUGGUCACUCGAGAGCCUGUCGAUCGGUUUUUGUCAGGAUACGCUCUUCUGAUGCUGUACCGUGCAUGCGGGGACGAGGAGUGGUUGCAACGAGCACGGUGCUUCGCUCUCAUGAUUCUCGACAGCAAUAUUCGUGCUGCGCAGAGAACGCCAGAUUCACCUUUCAGUCUCUUCGAAGGAUUAUCGGGAGCGCUGUGCUUCCUAGUCGAUCUGCUUCCUGAAAACAUUGAGAAGGCUCAGUUUCCUUUGUAUCCGGUACCAUUUUGA